UUGCAAUUGUAAUCUCUGGGAUUUCAUGUACUCAAAUUACUGGAAAUACCGAAGUUGAUUUAUGGUUAGCGGUUUAAAGCGACCUCUACCGUUAGUAGACAUAUCCCCGUAUUAUACAAUUAGACCACAUGUGAAUAAUCCUACAGUAUGAUAAUAAUGAUUGUAGGACGCAUUGGUGCUUCGAAAGUUUUCCACUUAUGGAUGUCAGAUCUAAUCUUCCCUAUCCCGAUAUCUCAAUCAUUGAUCCUAUUGUUUUAUGAAUUUAAACAAUAUUUUCAGAAUGCAGAAUUAGAAAGACUCAAAUUGGCUCGAGCUGCAGAGAUCGCCUAUAUCAAGGAAAAGAAUGAAUUAGCUCUAAAGUAUAAGGAAGACGAAACGGAAAUCGAGAAAUCGCGUUUCAUUUCAAUGGUGAAUGCAUUAGGUGCAGAUACACUACGUGCAAUGGCAACAGCCGAAUCAGACCAUAAUCUACGCAUGUUGAACGCUUUGGGCCUACAAAGUACAUUAAUUACAGAUGGGACGACACCAGUGAAUUUGCUAACUACCGCUCAUGGUUUAAUUGGUUCAGUGUUUAAAGGUUCUUCUCGUAAACGUACUUCAGAGGUUUUAGACGAUGUAGAUGAAAAAUGA